CCCCCUCCCCACUUCCGCUCUUGUUCAAAGUGAUGUGCGUAGCUCUCUUCAGAGCGAAAGGUCUACCAACCUCUGGAUUGGUGGGACAUGACGUCACCCGUGUCUCUUAACACCGGAUUUGGGGAAGGCGACUGGAAAAUGACAACGCAGCGGUUAAGAAGUGAGACCGACGCUUGGAGAGAUCGGAAGCUGGAAGUUGAUUACGAACUUCUUGAUUUUCUGUGCUUGCAAAACUUGUACAUAACAUAAUAUGAACCUGUGCGUUCAAAUGACUUCGAUAUCGGGUCCAGCCCCAUGUUACCUUACUCUCCAUGUUGAAUGGAUACCACAAAACUUCGCACCCCCGGUCGCAACAUUGGACGGCAGCGGUGAGAUAACCUGCGCGGCGCUUCGACUUCGGCGUGACAGAAUGGCAAGACGGCCACUGGGUCAGCACCCGUGAGAUAGCCACAUUAAAGCCGCCUGCAUAGGUUUCUUGGAACCUUGCCGGCAAAUGACCUCAGCCUCGUAGAAGAGAGCUUGCAGGCGUUGCCUCUGCGGAGACGAAGGCGGUGACCUCUGCAUUGCGGUGCCUUCAAGACUCGGUGAAUACUACGCUUGUGUUCGGUACAUACCCGUUCGAUAAAGAGUGAGCUGUCAACUAGAAGCAUGAAUAUUGAACAGUACACACGUGUCUCAAGCAAUGUCGCUUCCAGCAUGCUAACAACUCGUCUACGCCUGUUCUGCUUUGCCACGAGUUAUUCGUUGCUUUUCCUGAUACUCUGGCAUUUCCAUAUGAGUUCCAUCUGGGAAACAGCAUUCGAUGUCGCCACACCACAGCGUUCUCGGGUCGUUAAUACGCUGAGGCGUUCUGGCAAAGCAUUAUUUUCCACGAAAGACGUGAAACCAGCACGCAACGAUUCGUAUGUUUUCCGACAAGGCCUUGUCUAUAGUUCUGCGUCAAACAAAUCGACAACCCCACUUUGCCCUAUGAUACCUCCAAAUCUGGUAGGUCACCUGCCGAUAAAGAGGCGUGUCCCAUCGCUGGAUGUGAUGCACGAGGCCUUUCCUCACGUGACGGAUGGUGGUCGGUUCACUCCCAAAGAGUGCACCCCAAAGCACCGAGUAGCGAUCCUCGUUCCUUACCGGGACCGCGCAAAGCACCUCCAGUUGUUCAUCUUCAACAUACAUAGGUUUAUGUCUCGGCAGCAGAUCGAGUACGGCGUCUAUAUAAUCGAGCAAGCAGAUACGUCAGCGUUUAACCGUGCCAAGCUCUUCAAUGUAGGCUUCGUCGAGUCGACAGCGCUCUACGACUACGAGUGCUUCGUGUUCCAUGACGUCGACUUGUUGCCGAUUGACGAUCACAACUUGUACACGUGCCCAGAGCAACCAAGGCACAUGUGCGUCACAAUAGACGGAGUAUCGGGCGUCUUUUAUCCUACUAUAUUUGGUGGUGUUAGUGCACUGACCAAGGAGCAAUUUUUGCGCGUAAACGGAUAUUCUAAUAUGUACUGGGGGUGGGGAGCCGAAGAUGACGACAUGUCUGAAAGGUUACGGAAGCAAAGCUGGACGAUUUAUAGGAGGCCCGCCGAAGUGGCGAGAUACGUUUCGCUCUUCCAUGUCCACACUAACCGCAGCAAUAAUCGCAGCUUGGAUCUGCUAUCACAUUGGCGCGGACGCUACAAGACAGAUGGUCUCAACAGCCUCGUAUACGAGAGGUUGCACAUAUCCUUCGAGAAAAUGUAUACGUGGAUAAAAGUCGAUCUGAAACAAGGCAAAUAAACUCCAUGUACGGCUCAAAACGAAACAAUUUGACUUCGUGCUUGAACAGGCUCGAUUUUGCCAGUCCAGUGAGUUUCGCGUGUGAAGUUUUGUUCAAUUAUGAGAUACUAUCAGGGACCAAUUUAUUACCUUAACUGAAUAAUUGAGAACGUCAUUUC